GGUUGUGUGACGAGAGGAGGGGAUGAAAAAAGACCAAGACGUUAGAAGUUCAAAGGAGCAGGUAUGGUAGGCCAUCGAGCGACGAAGCCUAAUAAAGAGGAAACACUUGGGUGCCACCGCUUAGGGUCGUAGUGUUCGAGCACGUGCCCUGGGAAGCGCCCGAUUCCGCAAAAUGGUUUCCGAUUUCGGAGCCUUUGAGUUGUCCCCAUUUGCUCGGCACGCUAGUACAGGGAACCAUUCGCUCGGCACAGAGGAGGAACAGGGCCAGACGUGUGGAUGCAAUUUGAAUCCAUCUGCAAGUGAAAAAAUUGCGCUAGGCCGUGUCAAGGCACAAAACUGGGGGGCGGGGCGGCCCGCAAAACGCCCUGGAAUUGGACAAGACUUGGGGGCGAUACAUACUACGGUACCGAUGAGGAGUCGACGUGAUAACUCACCCGCUGCUAUCGUGUGUACUGUAUUGGUCGUGGCCGCGGAUUGAGACGCAUCGACAUCGACUGCUAACAUCUGCGCGGAUGGUCUUGGAUCCCUAACCGGUGCACGCUUUUCGCUACCCUGCGGUCACUCUGACGGCCGAAUGCAGGACGGAAGGUCAGUAUUUAAGUUCCUUGGCCUACUUAUCUGGGGUAGUACAGUAUGUGACCGAGACGAUAGCAAGGUCAUUUGCUUUAAGGUGCAUUUUAUAUCGAGGAAAACCUGGAUCGGAUAGCUACUUAUACGGCACUUCAUGAAGAGCGUUCAUUUCGAGAGACUGAGA